AGAGUUGGCAACUGUCAGGCAAGCAGGUAGACGACACCCCGCGGCUCUUCUCCAGAUGGCAGUAUCAUCAUUGAGGUUUGUGGUGCUAUUGCAAGUGGACGGCAAGAUGGCAAUGACGGCGCUGAAGGGAUUGCAAGGUGGAAGGGUCUUGGCUGGGACCUCUACACCAACAAAACACAUGCACACAUUAACCACAGAAACACCACAGCUAAGACAGCAGACACAACAGAGGAAGAAGAUGCACCAGAUCCUGAGUUCUGCUCAUAUCCCAGGAGCUGCUCACAUCUCUAUGCCUCCCAAUGUUGCGGAGCUGCAGGCCUCAGAAAAGGCUCGCUUCUCUCCACGCCGCAAUCGUGAUGUGUCCUCUAAAUUAAAUCAAGUUGGUGGUGUCUUUGGAGCCAAGUUCAUGAGCACUCAAGGGACCCACGAAGCUGCAUUCAACAAUAGCUCUCAUCCAAUUGACUCCCAUUCUGAUAUAUAUGAUUCUCGCAUCACAGUCUCACUAUCAUCAGUUAUGCAAACAAAUGUUCCAAAGCCAUAUGGAAUCACUGGCAAGGCUCCAGUGCACCUGAACAUGCCAGGUGGCCAGUGGGCUCAGGACGAGAAAUAUAUUUCUGGUGAUCUUCACACCUUCCAUCACUCAAACAUCUCUUCAAAAAAGAAUCCAGGUACUACCUACCAUACCCUUAGCAGUUUGAGGCACUAUAUGCCUGUUAAACAUGCUAAUCUGCCAAGAUUGAGUGGAUCUAACACACUUUAUGGUGAUGGUGCUGGUAGUGUAGACUAUGUGAACUGUGUCAAGCUGUCUGUCAGUCCUAGCAAAGUCUGCCUUCUAUCUAACAAAGCCAUUGUUGGAGAACAUUUAAUCAAAAGGUCAUUUGGGUGUAAGUUUUUCCACAAGAGUGCAGUCAACAACUUCCAGCAAAGUCAUACCUGUGACAGCAAGACCAUAGACACACCUGAGCUUCAGCUGACCCCUAGGCAGAAGCUCCAGCGAGCAGUAAAAGAAUAUGGAGCAACGGUCAUUGUUUUCCAUGUCACGAUCUCACUAGCUUCCCUAGGGAUAUGCUAUCUUCUGGUUUCUAGUGGAGUAGAUAUGAGUGGUGUGAUCAAGAGUCUAGGCAUUAGCUUGGGACAUGUGGGUGAGAGUACUACUGACAUGCCAACCCCAAGCAAAUCUCCAUCUGUGGAAAUCCUUGAACAGGACUCCACCAGUACAACAGGUCCUAAACAAACAAUUGCAGAAGAGUUUGAUAAAAUAGAUGUCAACACAAAGAGAGCAGCUGGAGCUGCCACCUUUGUUGUGGCUUAUGCUGUUCACAAAGUGUUUGCUCCAGCCCGAAUAGCUGUGACACUCACUGCAACUCCAUUUAUAGUAAGGUAUUUGAGAAACAUUGGAUUUUUGAAACCUCCAAAAACUAAAGUGAGGUAAUUGUCCCCAAUCUUUGGAGCAAAAAUACACAUAGAAUGCUGAAAAAAUUAUAAACUAUUGCACUGUUUUAUACAGUAACUUUGCAGAUGAAUGAUAACCUUAAAAAACUGGUUAGGUACUCAUUGCAUGGCCAUAUUUCUUAUUGUUUGUCAAAAUCACCUGAAGCUUAUUCUGUCAGCAUUUUAAAUUGUCAGAUAAAAAGAUUUAAGUGAUUUAGAGUUAUAAAACAAUCAUUAGCAUUCAUGAUAAUUAAGAACUCUAUGGUAGCAAUAGGUAACUUGCCAAUAUUCCUUCUGAAAUUAUGUAAACUCUGAUUUAUUGGUAUGAUUGUACAGGCUUACAUAUUUUCCUUUUUAUACAGCUAUAUAAUAGUGAUGUAAUAUAAGGUCCAUAUAUUAUAAGCAAAAAUGUAAAAAUAGUGAGCGUGAGAUUGAAGGUGUGAAUGGCGGGAAUUGGUAUGUGAUUAAUUUUAGUAUGUAGUGCAUUGUGUAUAACACAACUCUUCCAAUAUGUGUUUUGAGGGAAUAUUGUUUCUCAUCAUCAUAAUUAUACAGUUUAACUCGAAUCAAAGUAGAUGAAUCUAUGUGCACAUUAAUAAUGAGAGAGAGAGAGAGAGAGAGAGAUUGUAGCAGGUGUAAAGCAAUGCUUAGUGGCAUGAGAAUAUAUAUUAUUAUUUUUUUAUUUUAUUUAUAUUUUAUUUUAUUCUUUUUCAGUCUUUGUAAAUAUAUAUGAUAUACUAUAUAUAUAUAUAUAUAUAUAUAUAUAUAUAUAUAUAUAUAUAUAUAUAUAUAUAUAUAUAUAUAUAUAUAUAUAAAAAUAUAUGACUACUUGUAGUAUUCUGUAGUGAUCCUCUACUAUAAUAUUACCUUUUAAUGAAAAUCACUUAUGUUAUGUGCAUGUGCAUGUGUAUUGAGAAUAAUUGCUGCACAUUCUUGAGAGUAAGUGUAGGAAUUUAUCUAAUCUCUCUCUCUCUCUCUCUCUCUCUCUCUCUCUCUCUCUCUCUCUCUCUCUCUCUCUCUCUCUCUCUCUCUUAUAUAUAUAUAUAUAUAUAUAUAUAUAUAUAUAUAUAUAUAUAUAUAUAUAUAUAUAUAUAUAUAUACAUACAUACAUACAUACAUAUACAUACAUACAGUAAUACCUCAAGAUACGAUCACCCCAACAUACAAGUUUUUUGAUAUGACGAAAAAUUUCAUAUAAUUUACGUAUUGAAAUACGAAGAUAAUUUUAAGAUACGAAUAGCCAUUGGUAGGUGGCGCAUCAAUCGCUUGGCUACCCACGUCCACCCGAACAUUCAGCCCACGUUGUAUAUCGUUGUUCAUCCUUUGUGCAUGUAUGUGUCUGUGCUCCUUGGCAGACUGUAUUUAUUCUUAAGUUAUGUGAACUCAAGAAGUAAAAAGUAAAAGGUUGGUGAGAAACAUAAAAUAGCCUGUAUUCACAUACUGAUUACACUUAGAAAUUCAAUAAACGAAUGAGUACAAA